AUGUACUCUCCCUCUGCAGACUCGGUGGAGGACGCUAUCGAGGCUCAACAACAGCUGAAGCAGCUCCUUGGACAAGGAGUUUUCCCCAUACACAAGUGGUGUUCAAAUUCACCGGAAUUCCUAGACCAUAUUCCCGUGGAGGAUCAAGAAAAAAGGAUCACGUUGGAAGAGCAUGGAGUGAAUGAAGCCAUCAAGGUGCUUGGUUUACUCUGGGAUCCCUCUGCAGACUCGAUACUCAUAGCCUAUCGUCCAAAUCCAACAUUGCAUCCGCAACGGCCCACGAAAAGAACGAUGUACUCCGAGAUCGCCAAGUUUUUUGACCCCCUGGGACUGGUUUUACCGGUCAUUGUUUUGGCAAAGCUUCUAGCGCAGAAAUUGUGGCAGCUUAAGUCCGGGUGGGACGACCCGGUUGACGAAGAAAUCGCACAGCAGUGGCGACAACUCCAAGAUUCCUUGUCGCAUCUUCACGUGAUCGAGAUCCCAAGGCGCGUGACGAUGGACAACGUGGUCGCCUACGAGCUGCAUGGCUUCUCUGAUGCCUCCAACAAGGCUUAUGGAGCCUGCAUCUUUUUGCGAAGUAUUUUUGGCGAUGGCUCGGCGAAGCUUCGUCUCCUCACCAGCAAAUCGAAACUGGCUCCCCUAAAAGAGCUGUCCAUCCCACGAAAGGAAUUGUGCGCCGCUCUCCUACUAACCCGGUUGGUACAGAAGGUGUUACCAGCCCUGGAUAUGACUUUCCGUGAAAUAGUCCUGUGGUGCGACAGUACGGUAGUCCUCGCUUGGAUUAAGAAACCUCUCAACCAGCUACAGUUGUUUGUACGGAAUCGAAUCGCAAUUAUACAAGAGCAUACCAGUAAGUACCGGUGGGAGUAUGUCCGGUCUCAACAGAACCCAGCAGACAUCGUAUCCCGAGGUCAACUAGUUGAAUCCCUGAAGCACAACAGCCUUUGGUGGAAUGGGCCCGAAUUCCUGCAAAGAGUUGAGUACUACGUAGAUGCCCCUGAAGACGUUCCAGACGAGAAGCUACCGGAAUUUAAGGCCUUGGUAGCAGGGCCAGAUGUGAGUAUGGACUUCCUAUCUUUUCUUCCAAAGCUCAGUAACUUCCGCAAAAUCCAACGAGUUGUGGGCUAUGUCCUGCGAUUCACUGCCAAUUGUCGGAAAAAGGACCCGACCAAUCGAGAGAUAAAGCCCCAUCUGACCGUCCGUCAGUUACGCCGCUCAUCUGAAUUCAUCAUGCAAGUUUUGCAGAAGGCACAUUUCUCCGACGAGAUUAAGCUAAUUCUGGCAAACAAACCCUGCAAGAGACUCGGAGGUCUUCGUCCAAUUUACCACGGCCGGUCGGUUGGACCGCUCCCAAUUACCAUUCGAAAGUCGCCAUCCAAUCAUUCUGCCAGAUAA